AUGAAUUUGAAGAAGCAUUCGAAUGUGCGAGUGUGUAAGCAAUGCCCCGAUGUCUGAGAUGCGGUGCAGAGAAUCAGAAAACUCGAGAAACUCCAAGUAAUCGAUUCAUUCCAAUUUUCUAAUCGAGAAGAAAUAAAUCAAAGACCAAAGAAGAGGUAAACUAGUAGCAUAAGAGAGAAGCGAUCGAUCAGUUUUCAGAAGGAGAACAGAAAAUAGAGGAGAUGUUUUUCUUCUUCGUCGGAGGCGUAGAGCAACAAGUGAGCAAGGUGCUCAAGGCCGGAGCGGGGCGCUGUAUCAACUGCGGUUCGGUAGCGGAUUUAGUAGAAUAUGAGAAGGUCCUCAAGAUGUUCUUCGUUCCCGUGUGGCGGUGGCCUGGUAAAGAGCCAGCAAUGUACUGCAACGACUGUUCGCUCAUGUUCCCUCAAUCCUUCUCUCUCCCUCCGCCUCCCCGCUCGGAUUCUCCCCCAUCGCUCCCUGAUGUUCUUCGCUGCCACUCCUGCGCUCGCGUCGUUGAACCCGAGUUCAGCUUCUGCCCCUUCUGCGGUUCAGCUCUGUAACCUCUCUGUCUCAUGGGGUUUGUUUUCGAUACAAUAAAAAAGAUUCUACUUUUCUAACUUGCUCUGAGUUCUGAUCCGGCUCUUUUGUAUGUCAUGUUAUGUGAAGGAAAUGUGGGAUGUUGCUAUUUUUUUGGUUGGGAGGGAUGGCUUUUAGGGUUAGGGUUUUUGGUUUCUUAUAAACAUGUAAAGUAAAGGCUUUUGUGCAUUGACGAGUAAAUAAUAAGAGAAUUAAUUCUGAGUUUGGCAUGCUUUCAGAGA